ACAAGCCGUCACCACAGGGAGGCGGAAGCAGGCGUACGGGGCGGGGCCCGGCACUCUUCGCGUCCCUCGCGAUAGCUGCCGCACAAAGCAUCCUGGAACAUGUAGUUUAUAAUUUGGAGUGGCUGCGACUCCCGGUAAGUGAGAAAAAAGACGACGCCUUCUGGUCUGUGGGACUGAGACCAGACCUUGCAGAGAGGCCGAGGUUUGCGCUCCUGCGAGAAAGGUCCCAGGUGUCCCCGCAGUGGCAGGGCGUGGCUGGCCAAUGAGGACUACAUCUCCCAUUGGGCCAUGCGCAGUAUAACAUGCCUCCUCAGGUGGCGCCGGAGCAUUGUGGGAUUGGAUGAGUCUCAAGAUGGACAACCGGGAUGUUGCAGGAAAGGCUAACCGGUGGUUUGGGGUUGCUCCUCCCAAGUCUGGAAAAAUGAACAUGAACAUCCUUCAUCAGGAAGAACUCAUUGCUCAGAAGAAACGGGAAAUUGAAGCCAGAAUGGAGCAGAAAGCCAAGCAGAAUCAGGUGUCCAGCCCUCAGCCCCCGCAUCCUGGCGAAAUUGCAAACACACACAACUCUUCCGCUUCCAACAAGUUUGCCAAUGACGGCAGCUUCUUGCAGCAGUUUCUGAAGUUGCAGAAGGCGCAGACUAGCACAGAUGCUCCCCCCAGCGUGCCCAGCGCCCCACCUCGAGUACUCCCCCGUGCUGGGAAGAGGCCUCCCCUCAUCAGCAGCCCAGUGAACCAGGUGAAGAACUAUGUGCACGCUAAGCAGCUGCCCCUGGCCAGCCGCCCUAGUGUCUUCCAAUCUCCCGAUGAGGAUGAAGAGGAAGACUAUGAGCAGUGGCUGGAGAUCAAAGUUUCACCCCCAGAGGGAGUCGAGACUCGGAAAGUGAUAGAGAAAUUGGCCCGCUUUGUGGCAGAAGGAGGCCCCGAGUUAGAAAAAGUAGCUAUGGAGAACUACAAGGAUAACCCAGCGUUUUCGUUUCUGCAUGAUAAGAAUAGCAGGGAAUUCCUCUACUACAGAAAGAAGGUGGCUGAGAUAAGGAAGGAAUCACAGAAGUUGCAGACAACCUCUCAGAAAGUUUCACCCCCAGAGGACGAAGAGGUCAAGAACCUUGCAGAAAAGUUGGCCAGGUUCAUAGCGGAUGGGGGUCCUGAGGUGGAAACCAUCGCCCUCCAAAACAAUCGUGAGAACCAGGCAUUCAGCUUUCUGUACGAACCCAGCAGCCAGGGUUACAAAUACUACCGCCAGAAACUGGAGGAGUUCCGAAAAGCAAGGGCAGGCCCGACAGGCACCCAAAUGGUGCCGGAGCUCUGCCCUCAGCGCAGACCGCCUCCUGAGAUCCUGUCCGGAUCUGUACCCCUCACUGCUGCUUGCCCUACUUCAUCUGCCCCCUCACCUGCUGUCAACCCAGCUCCAGCUGCCCAUGGAAAGCCAGCCACUACAGCCACUGUGAAGAGGAAGCGAAAGAGCCGAUGGGGGCCUGAGGAGGAAAAGGUGGAACUCCCACCCACCGAGCUGGUGCAGAGAGACGUGGAUGCCACCCCCUCACCCCUGUCAGUUCAGGACCUCAAGGGGCUAGGCUAUGAGAAGGGGAAGCCCGUGGGUCUGGUAGGCGUCACGGAACUGUCAGACGCCCAAAAGAAGCAGCUGAAGGAGCAACAGGAGAUGCAGCAGAUGUACGACAUGAUCAUGCAGCACAAGCGAGCGAUGCAGGACAUGCAACUGUUGUGGGAGAAGGCACUGCAGCAGCACCAGCAUGGCUACGACAGUGACGAGGAGGUGGAUAGCGAGCUGGGCACCUGGGAGCACCAGCUGCGGCGCAUGGAGAUGGACAAGACUCGGGAGUGGGCUGAGCAGCUGACGAAGAUGGGCCGGGGAAAGCACUUCAUUGGAGAUUUUCUGCCACCAGAUGAGCUGGAGAAGUUCAUGGAGACCUUCAAAGCCCUAAAGGUGAAUGGGGAGUCCCCAGCCAUCAGCCCUGCUGUGGGCCUGUCCAGCAGGCAGCCUCUUCACACACAGGAGGAACCAGGCCCUCUUCCACAGGAGGCAUCUGUUCCUGGCAGACGUCCAUUUGGGGAAUUCACAAAUAGCUCAGCUGCCACUUUAGAAACAUUUCCUGGGGCUUUGGGAAAUCCUGCUUCCAGUGAAGCCAAUUCAUGCAAUAGGAGGCACAAGCCCCCGUGGACUGGGCUCCUCAGAAUGAAAGCUCAGCAUCCUCCUCUGCCCAUAGAGAGACAGCUGACUGGCACAAGCCUCUCCACCUAGUUGACCAUGGCUGCUUUUUCACACUUUGUGUGACAAAUUGCCCUCAGAAGCUGAGCUUUUCUUUGUAGGUGAAUCAUUAAUCUUGCCCAUGGUAGAGGAGGCCUGUGUGACUGUCACCUUGCCUUUGACUUGGUUGCCAGAGAGCACUAAGUGUGACCAUGGGAACCCUGAGGAGGAGGAACUUAGUCUGAAGUGGAGGACAGAAGGGCUGAUGGUCCCAGCUAGUGGCCAGUGAAGCCAAGGGGCGUGUUUGGGCCCUAGGGGAUGACAGCUGCUUGGUCAUGCAGGAAGGCCGUGAGCCUGACUACUCGGAGUACAAGGAAUUCAAGCUGACGGUGGAGAAUAUUGGCUACCAGAUGCUGAUGAAGAUGGGCUGGAAGGAGGGUGACGGUCUAGGCUCAGAGGGCCAGGGCAUCAAGAACCCAG